AUGGUCCAAAAAGGCAAAAGCAAGCGAGCCGGCAAAGCAAAGCACCCAGGCGCCCGUCGCACGAACUCCUCCUCGUCUGAUCUCGGCCUCCCCGCGGUCGACGAUGACAUCACCACUUCCACCACCGAGGCAGAGGACGCUAACGCCCCUAAACGGUGUCCGCACCUCAAGGCGGAUGUGAGGAUAACGAGGUUGUCGAAACAGUUGCCGGCUACUUUGAAGAAGGCGCCUUUUUGUUCGUCCUGCAGGAAGGACGAGCAACGAGCCAAAUCGAAAGAAGCGGCGGAAGCCGCUUCUACCGAACCGAAUUCCAAUACAGAGGCGCUAAAGGAUGCCGCGUCUGCCACCGCCGACACGACCAGCGGCCCGUCGUUAUGGCUGUGUUUGAAGUGUGGAGCGGUCAACUGCAGCAGAAACGAUAAGGGGCAUGGGGUCACGCACUAUGAGGACGAGAAGCAUUCGAUAGCGAUUAACCUGGACUCGUUGGAGUGCUGGUGCUAUCAGUGCGAUGACUAUAUUGUCGGGUCGUCUACCCGCAAUCAGCUGGUUUCGGAGUGUAAAGCUAUGGUUGAGGGCGUGUUGAUGAAGAAGACGAAGAAAGAUUUGGCGCCAACAGCGCCUUCCGUUACGGUGGAGAAGAAGAAAACAAAGGGGAAUACAACGGCACCGGGCAUCGUAAAUCUGGGGAAUACCUGCUUCUUCAAUUCGGUCAUGCAAUGCAUCAACGUUAGCCAAAGCUUGCAAACGCAACUGAAGCAACUAGACAACGGUACUCAGGCCCGCAUAGCAACCGACGCGCUCGGGCGUUUCCUCGCAGAUAUGGCCGCACAGCGCCAUUACGGUGGCGGAUCAGUGAACCCACGCGAACUAUUCGGCGUUCUCAGCAACCAGUGGAAGAUGUACAAGCGAAUGGGCCAGCAAGACAGCCACGAGCUGCUUCGACGGCUACUGGAUCGCGUGAGAGAGGAAACAGCCGACCGGAGCGUGGAAGCCAGAUUCAGAUACGUCAACACGCCUGUCGACAAGGCGUUUGCGGGGAAGUUAUGCCAGGUUAUUGUGUGCGAUACCUGCAAGCACGUGUCGUAUGCGUUUGAGGAUUACCUGGACUUUUCGUUGCCUGUCAAGGAUGAGGUCAAGGAAGGAUGGAAGUUCUCCUCGUUGUUUGGGCAUCGGAGCAGUAAACCGUUGACGCCACCACCGGCUUUGACACCGCCUGAACCUGUUGUUGAGGGUGGUGAGGACGGGACCGCGUCGGAAGGCAACCAUGAUCCGGAUCAGUUGUCUCUCAUUCAGAUUCUACUUCGGCCUAUCGGCGUCACGACAUCUAGCGAGAAUCUGACGCUGCAAUCGCGGCUGGCGAGUUUCAUGGCGGUGGAAAUGCUGGAAGGAGAAUCGGUAUAUGCGUGUGACUCUUGCUUUACAAGAAAAUACGGCGUGACGCCUGCGGAACACGCAAAAGAGGUACACGCGUGGGAACUGCAGCACAGCCCUGCGAGGACCUUGCAGAUCGACACCGCAUCGGCAUCGUCCUCGAUGGCCAACCUGUCACUCCCCACACCACAGUUCCUGGACUCUGCGUCAAGUUCAGAGUUCGGAUUCAAAGCGAACGCUCUCAGCCCGCUGUUUGCAGAUUCGCAUGAGGAUAGCAGCGCCACGUCGGCGGAUGAGGAUUCUGCGACUGUGGGUGAUGUUACGGACGCGGAAACGGCGUCUGGGGCUGCGACGCCUAGGUUUGUACCGCACAAAGUACGCGAUGAUGAUGAUGAGGAGCUACCCACUGACAGUAGCGGAAAUACAAUCGAAAGGACGAAUGAAAGUGCAGAGCCCACGGAGCGCAGCAGCAUUGAUUCCGAUAAGCCGUCUGUGGACGCAGAGGGUGACGGAGUGCCCGCCGAAUCUAUGCCAGCUGAUAAUUCGUCAUCAUCCUCGAAACCCGCGUCGGAAGAGGCCAGCUUGGAUCCCACAUCCUCCUUACCACCCUCCCCGGCCAAGAACGGCGCCGUCAACGGAAGCGGUAGCGACACCCGAAGCCAAUCCACCAAACCCACCCGCCCACUCGUCGAAAGCCGCGCCUACAAACGCUACCUCAUCCACACUUCCCCGCAGAUCCUCGUCCUCCACCUCAAACGCUUCCAGCAGAUCGGAUUCGGCGGGCGAACCAAGAAAGUGGAAGACGUUGUCGCGUUCGACGAGAUCAUGGAUUUGGCGCCGUUCAUGGCCCCGCCGGAGGUCGAGACUGCGGUUAUGGAGGCGCAAUCGCCCGAGACGGAGGUGGAUGCGGCGGAUGAGGAGUCUGCGAAACGUAGCAGAGGUCGAGGGUCGAGGUAUCGCCUCUAUGGGGUGGUCGUGCAUGGUGGGGGCCUGUUUUCGGGGCAUUAUGUGGCGUAUGUGAGGAUUAGCAAGCGACCACCACCAGCGAAUGGCGCUGGUGAGGCUGGAGCGAGUGCGGAAGAGGGGGCGGAGACGAAAGCCCCUGCAUCUGCAACACCAGAACAAGAAACGACAGAGAGCGAAUGGGCGUACUGUAGCGAUACGCAUACGAGGGCGGCGACGUGGGAGGAGGUUAGCAAGGUGCAGGCAUAUAUUCUGUUUUACGAGCGGUGGGAUGGUGAUGGGCAGUAG